UAGAUAAAGCCAUGCCUCCUCAAGCUGUUUACAGUCUCAUUUAACCUCUCUGACUGACACAAGCAGCCGACACAAAUGUCAUGGACAGACAGUACUGGCUCUCAGUCUAUCUUUUGCAAUGGCUUGUGAUUUGUGUCGGCUCCUCUCCCCUCUCAUUGGUUAUCCACACAUCAUCUAAAGUGGGUCUCCCGGCUGUCCUGCCAUGCACCGUGACAUCACAGCUGGAGCGCGCUCAAACACCCCACAUCCAAUGGCAGACCGUCCAGGACUCAGUGUUUGAGAGGAUGGGAGAGGAGCUGUUUCAGGGAGAUGCUUAUAGGGAGCGUGCCGAUGUCCCGGAGGCGAUGCUCUUGAUGGGAAACUGCUCUCUCUUCCUGCAGGACGUCCGAUUCAGCGACACAGGAAUUUAUGAGAGUUAUCUGGUGGUCGGUGAAUCGAGUAUCCAGAAUCGAAUAUUUAUUCAGAGCGUCCAACUCACGGUUGUUGAUCACAAGAGCAUCAAGUCCGUGGAGGUUGGAGGAGACCUGAUCCUGGACCUGUACACACAUCAAGCACAGCUGGUGAUUUUUCAGGACAGAAAUGGCACAUCGUGGACAGUCGUGUGGGAUAGAGACGGAGGCAAAAACAACAUGGGUCAUCUACAUAACAACAGGCUGAUUUUCAGGAGCGUUACGGCCCGCAGCGCCGGCAUGUAUAAAGUGAUGGACUCACAGGGAUUGGCACUCAGUACAGUCAAGGUGUCAGUCACAGAACGUGUGAUACCCAGAGAACCAUUAGUUUUGGAAAGUAAAGCAGCAUUAGGUAAAGGUACAAUGAGUAUUCCUUUUCAAAAGAUCAUUAUUCUUUUCGUUGCAUUUCUGGUCCUGCUACUGAAUUGAGCGGUUGAAGUUUUACUUUUGUUGUGUACUAAUGCAAUCGUUUUCUGCCGUGGUAUCUAUUUAUCUCACAACUCACAAAAAGUAACUGUGAAUCUGUAUAGUUUAAAGUGGGUGUUUCGAUGUAUGCUGUUUGAUGAAACUCUGUAGCCUAGCUGUAUUUAAGAAUGAUUGUAAGAUUGCAUGUGUAUCUUAUUUACUGAUCACCAAAUAUCAACAAUACAAAUUUGUGUUUUUCAUUAUUAGGAUACAGAAAAAUAAUAUUGUAUUAUUACACAAAACCAUUUGUUUCUGUACAUGUUUUCAACAAACUAAGUACUUCUCUUACAGAAUUGACUAAUGGAUGAUAUCCAGUCAAAAAUAAACUACAUCAAGAUACAUUUUGUUUUGCAUGCUCAGAUUUACCGAGAUGUAACGGUUUUGUUACAUUGUUUCAUUUAAAAAAAGUGUUUCAUUUUAAAGCAAUAGUUCACAUUCAAAAUGAAAAUUCUGUCAUUAUUUACACGCCCUCUUGUCAUUUCAAACCUGUAUGACUUUUGAUUUUUUGUCGGUAACAGAAAACCGGUGGUCCCCAUUGACUUGCACUGGUGUCCAUACAAUAGAAGUCAAUAGGGAUCAAUGGUUUUCGGUUGCAAACAUUUUUCAAAAUAUCUUAUUGAAAAAAAUGAAAAUC